UCAUCCUUCCAUAAUGACAAGGCAGCAGUAUCCACUACAGUGUUUAACUACCUUAUCAUGUUCAUAAAAGCAAGCCUUGUCUCUCAGCUCUUUGUUGAGAUCAAACUUUUGAAACCACUCACCAUCUGUUUGUGUUUUUGUUGCUUUAAGAAAGUAAAACUAGAAAAAUGGAUGUUACAAAAUUUGGCAUGAAGUUUCAAGGUAAGGUAGCCAUUGUUACAGCUUCCACUCAGGGAAUUGGGUUUAGCAUAGCUGAGAGGCUUGGCUUGGAAGGUGCAUCUGUUGUAAUCUCUUCUCGAAAACAGCAAAAUGUUGAUGCGGCUGCAGAAAAGCUAAGGGCUAAAGGAAUUGAAGUGUCGGCUAUGGUUUGCCAUGUUUCAGAUGCACAACAGAGGAAGACCAUGAUAAGCAAAACCAUACAGAAGUAUGGAAAGAUAGAUGUUGUUGUAUCCAAUGCUGCUGUGAAUCCUUCUGUGGAACCCAUCUUACAAACACAAGACUCAGUCCUUGACAAGCUCUGGGAGAUAAAUGUCAAAUCCACUAUACUUCUCCUUAAGGAUGCAGCUCCUUACUUGAAGAAGGGUUCUUGUGUUGUGCUAAUUGCUUCUGUUGUUGCUUAUAAUCCACCUCCUACUAUGGCUCUGUACGGAGUCUCCAAAACAGCAGUUCUUGGACUUACCAAGGCCUUGGCUAGUGAAAUGGCUCCCAACACUCGUGUAAACUGUGUUGUUCCUGGUUUUGUGCCAACUCAUUUUACUGCACUCUUUACCACAAAUGAUGCUACUAGGGAAGAUCUUGAAGGGAAGACGUUACUUGGAAAGCUUGGAAGAACACAAGACAUGGCUGCUGCAGUAGCUUUUUUGGCAUCAGAUGAUGCUUCAUACAUAACAGGAGAGAAUCUGGUGGUUGCUGGUGGAGUCCCUUCCAGGUUGUAGACCAAUUUUCCAUCUUUUAGUGGACUUUGGUGGACCUCACCAUCCCCAACCCCAAAUUGUAUUGCUCCUUGGAUUCCCUGCAUCCAUUGGCAAGAAAAGUAUUCGAGUAUCAUCUGCUAAUGGGAUUUUUGUGAUCAAGUACCAUUGGUGAAUAAGUUAAUCCAAUCCAAUAUCCUUUAUGUUGCUGAGGAUUAAGUACCAUUCCAUGUGUUCCCUAACAUGUAUAUGUAUAUCAUUCCUACUUCCUGUCAUCUUCAGCUGCCAAAUUUGAGAACAAAAGACUAAGGAUGUUUGUAAAUGCAAAACAUAAGAACUUAUUUUACGCC